GUGCUAUGAGGGAUGCGCUGCCGGAAGCGCACGCUGCUGGUGCUGGCCCUGUGCCUGCCGCUCGGUCUGUGGCUGUUGUUCCGGGCCUCCGUGUCCGGCCUAGGCCUCCCUCCUUCCCUCCCCACCGUCAGCUGCACCGCCAGCUUCAACGCCUCCGCCUGGUUCAGCGCGCGCUACGAUGCGGCCGUGGGGCCUCUGCUGACCGGCCCGGCCCACGAGCUCUCUCCGGACGUGGUUCGCUGGUGGCUGACCCUGCAGGGCUCCCCCGGCAUCGCCCCGCUCCAGGCCAUCAUCCAGAAGCUCUUUGCUGUCCUCCCGGCCCCGAAUGGCAGUGUGUGGGACCCGUCGCGCUGCAGGACGUGUGCCGUGGUGGGCAACUCGGGGCGGCUGAAAGGGUCCCGCCACGGCCCGCAGAUUGAUGCCCACCAUUGGGUGCUGAGGAUGAACAGAGCUAAGACAGCGGGCUUUGAGGUGGAUGUCGGUGCGAGGACGACCCAUCACUUCAUGUACCCAGAGAGUGCGAUGAACCUCUGGCCUGGCAUCCACCUUGUCCUCGUUCCCUUUAAGCCACUGGAUCUGAAGUGGGUGACCAGCGCCUUCUCCACAGGAGAGCUCACACACACCUACACAAGAGUGAAGCAGUUCAUCAAAGCUGACAGAAGCAAGGUGCUGAUCCUGAGCCCAGCCUUCCUCAAGUACAUCCAUGAGAACUGGACAGAGCACCACGGCAGGUAUCCCUCCACCGGCUUCACAGCGCUGCUCUUCGCCUUGCAUGCCUGCCAGCAGGUCUCCGUGUUUGGCUUUGGGGCCGACAGCAAAGGGAACUGGCAUCACUACUGGGAAGAAAACCGCUGGUCUGGAGCCUUCCGCAGGACAAGGGUCCACGAUGCUGAUGUCGAAUUCAGCCUCAUCCAGAGACUGGCAGCUGAAGGCAGAAUAUUGUUCUAUCAAUGACACGCACUCAAGAAACGAGGCCAAGCCAUUUGCACAAGAACUGGCAGCUGCAGCAGCUCUUUAGCUUGCUUCUGCCCCUCGCUGGCCGGGGCAGCCUACGCUUGGCGUGUGCUGUGCUGGUCCCACCAGCUCGGCACGGCAGACAGCAAUGAGCAUGAAUGGCAGUAGAGCUCUGCUAAGCCUGGGAGAUGCCUGCUGCAGGUCCUGGUCUUCUCCAAAGAGGACACGGAGGGGCAGGAGUGGGGCUAAACCCGUGCUUUCAGAGCCCACAGUUGAGGCGUUACACAGCAGAGCGGCUGUAACUGGACAGUGUGCACACAGCCAGCUGCCGAUGCAGCUCUCAGGGAAUGGAGCUGAGAUUUACACCCUCUGAUGGCACAUGGGGAGAUUCACUGCUGUGCUUUGGGCAGACAGAGAGUCUUUCCAGAGCUAAGGAAUAUAUUUUUAUAUUGUACCAAAGGAGAAUAAGAAACAAGAAAAUGAAGUGCUCUAAGAACACAGCAGAAAUGAGUACAGCUGAAAUGGUAUGUCAAAUAAACUUUGAUAGCACAUACAAAUCUACUGCUUUGU